GAGGCUAAAUGGAUGAAUAACUUAAGCCAGCUGCUUCGCCUUUCCUCUUAGUGUGCGAUGUUAUGUAAUGUAAUAACGUCAAUCAAAUUUAAAAAGGCAGACCAACUAUUUCAAAAUCAAUUUUCCCACCCCCUCUCUUAUUUUAUCCAGUGGGGUGGGGGUGGCCAGCAUCAGCAGCAUCAUCAGCAUGGGCGGGAAAGUGGAAAAGCAGCGGAAGGAAACAGGAAAGCGACCUCGACUUAAGCAAAUACACGAACACGAGCACAAGUUGUUGCUGCAUCAGAGGAAUCCUGAGUAGGAUGUAGAAUGUAGGUUGCAGAGCAGCUACAGAGGAUGUAGGCUAAUGUAGCAGAAGAAGACUCGGGACCCGGGACUCAGUCACUUUGCAAACAGUAUAACCCCCCGCCAUCACCCCUAACUAAGCCUCUGACUAGCGGAAUUUGCAGCGAGGGACCGUGACACCGAGUGAAAAAGUGCCUGCUUUAGUUAAAGUUAAGUUUAAACUUUUGACUGGCUCGUGGUUUUCCUUGUCGUUUUCCCCCUGAGGAAAUGUAUCAUUCGUGUCAUUAAUCAUUCGUCAUGUGGGACGGCGACAACAUUUCAUUUGCUUAUCAUCUCGGCUCAAAGUCUUUGGGGGAAUGAACGGAACAAGAGCAGGCCUCAAAGUUGAAUGAAUCAAAUGGGCUGGCGGAAAACUUAUUGCUAAGCCUAGAAAUCCCUGACAAGUCAGUGGCUUCCCGUCCUCAGAGAACAAAGAGUGAGCUUAAGUCUAGCAUUUGCAGAAAUCAAGGGAAAAACCAUAAGGAAAACGGAAUUGUUAGUGAUUUUUUUUAUUUUAGAGAAUAAUAAAUGCAAUUAAAUCUUGUAAAUGAUAAGGAACCACCUUUUUAAAGAGUGAGACGACUCAAACAAUCAAAGUUCUCGAAACUGGGCAAGGAUUAACAAGAUCUGGAGUGGACACUCCUUUCAAGCCAGCGAGUGUGAGAGCAUCUAUUCAAUUUGUUAUUUGUGUGCCAUCUCCAAGCCUGCUUGAUUUUUUAUGGCCAGCACUCCAGCACAACUACUGCCCAUCAUCAUCAUCAUCUAACAUCAUUCCUGUCCCAUGGCCGGCCACUCAAAGGCAAGCGCUGAAUUGACAAAUUGAUGGAUGGUUCUCCAAACGCUGCAUGCUCCAGCAUCUCUCCUUUCCUGUGCUUUUCCUUUUUUUUUUCUCAUUUUUGUGUUUACUUUUUAUUUUUCCUUCAUUGCCCCUUGUAGCAGUAUAUGAUGCAUUAUUAUUCUGGAAAAGUUUGCGACCGCAACAACAACAAUUGCUUGCCUAAGUGUUUUAUUAGCAAUCGAGAACAGAGUUUGAGUUCGGUCGAGUUGAGUUGAUUGUCAGUUUCCAUACACAUUGACUUUUUUACCCUCAUGUAUAUAUUGUACGUAAACCAUUUUCCUGAAAUUCCUUUGGCGAUUUAUUGGUUAGUAUGGUUCCUUUUGUGGAUAAUGAGCUGACGAACGAGCAGAUCGAUGAGCUGAAGGAUGCCUUCAAUAGGUACGACCUGGACUCGAAUGGCACCAUAUCGGUCACCGAGAUGCGUUUGGCUUUGAUUUCAAUGGGCUACGCCAUCACCGAAGCGGAGCUAUAUGAUAUCAUCAAUUCGGUGACUACGGAGAAGGAACAUGAAAUGACUCUCCCACAGUUUAUGCAAAUGAUGGCACCACGACUGGCUGAUGUGGAUAGUAGUGUAACACUCCGCCGGACCUUUAAUGUGAUCGACCGCGAUCACGACGGUUACAUCAACAGCCAGGACGUGCGGACGAUCAUGCUCAUACUGGGUGAGGUCGUAACCGAUGAUGAGGUCAAGGACAUUUGUCAUGCGGUCGAUAUGGAUGGCGAUGGCCGCAUAAGCCGGCGCGAUUUUAUUAACUUUAUGCAUAGUCCCAUAUGAACUGGGACUGCUUUGCCAAAUGUCCAGAAGUGUCCCUAUGCUGACUACAAAAUUGUUUGCCUAUCUUAAAAAUCUUACAAUGUAAUUUAUGUAAUACAAAAUUAAUAAAAAGUGUUACAAAAACAA